AGAGAGAGAGAGAGAGAGAGAGAGAGAGAGUAGCUAGUGGAGGUCGAGGCGGUGGGAAUGUACUGUACUGUAGCUUUGGCUGGGAUGAGCGAAGGUUGUCCGGCCAAAUUCGCAGUUUUCCCCGCUUCCAGACGGACAGAUCCGCAUCUGAAGCGUUUGACGGCGGCUGCGUAAAGGCUGAACACGGAGCUAAACUGGAGCUCCACUGCGGUGUUAUCAUGUAACGAGGAUGUCCAAUGGAAAACAGGUGGUCUAUAGAGGCACUUGGUGGUGUAUAGGGCUGAUACACUGACUGUUUCUACAAAGAGGACAGCUCAAACACAGACACACUUCUGAUGCCUCGGGCCAGUCUGAGCUCAUGGUGUGUGCUCGCUGGAAUAAACUAGUGGCCUGGCCAAAGAGUGCAGUGUUGCUACACACAAUAAAGCCCACACAGGAUGUCGUGGGCCAGAGGCCUCUUCGUAGGCAGAGUGGAUGAGCGAAAGACGGCAUGGGGGGAGCGCAAUGGCAAAAAGAGGAAGGACAGCUCGUCGCUGUGCAACCCACACUACAUGAGCUGCCUGAGGGACCAUGAGGACCUGGAGCUCCCUAAUGUGGCGCCCCAGCAUUACCAUUGCGGAGCAGGCACCAGUGGGGGCAACUUUGGUUUGCGCUGUGGCUGGCAGGAGGAUCACUAUGGGAAGAGGAUGGGUGGCGGUGAUCUGGGUCUAAAGGCUGUGGACCUGGGCUUUGAAGAUGGCGAGCUGAAGGGCAGGAAAGAGGAGGAAUUAGGGGAAUUAGCAGAGGGUGGCUGCAAGGCGAUGACUGCAGCAGACUGCUGGAUGCGGGUUAUGUGGGUUUUCCAAUCUAAGAAAUUUCAGUCCGCUAAGCUGGAGCGUCUGUACCAGCGCUACUUCUUCAGGCUCAACCAGAGCUCUCUGACCAUGCUGAUGGGGGUGCUGGUGGUGGUGUGUGGGGUCAUGCUGGCCUUCCACUGCAUCAACACGACCCCUCAUGUGGCAUACGUCUCAGUACUGUCUGUGGCCAUGGCUCUCUUCUUGGCCAUGAUGGUGGUGUGCAACCGCAACGGCUUCCACCAGGACUACAUGUGGAUUGUGAGCUACCUAGUGAUCGGGGUGCUGAUUGUAGUGCAGGUUUUUGGGGUGCUGAUGGUGUACCCCCCCAGUGCCUCAGAGGGCAUCUGGUGGACGGUCUUCUUCAUCUACAUUAUCUACACGCUGCUGCCGGUCAGAAUGAGAGCUGCUGUGGUUAGUGGAGCUGUGCUGUCCACCAUACACCUAGUGACUGCCUGGCAGCUCAACCAAGAGUACAAGUUCAUUUUCAAACAGAUCAGUGCCAACGUGCUGAUCUUCCUGUGCACUAACAUGAUCGGGAUCUGUACCCACUACCCUGCUGAGGUUUCCCAGCGACAAGCCUUCCAGGAAACCAGAGGAUACAUCCAGGCCAGACUGUACUUGCAGAGGGAAAACCAGCAGCAGGAGCGCCUACUUCUGUCAGUGCUGCCAAGACACGUUGCCAUGGAGAUGAAGGCGGAUAUCAAUGCCAAGAAGGAAAAUAUGAUGUUCCACAAGAUCUACAUUCAAAAACACGACAAUGUUAGCAUACUGUUUGCAGACAUUGAAGGCUUCACCAGCCUGGCGUCUCAGUGCACGGCCCAGGAGCUGGUCAUGACGCUGAACGAACUGUUCGCUCGCUUUGACAAGCUGGCCUGGGAGAACCACUGCCUCCGUAUUAAAAUCCUAGGGGACUGUUACUACUGUGUGUCAGGACUGCCUGAGCCCCGGGCUGACCAUGCCCACUGCUGUGUGGAGAUGGGAGUAGACAUGAUUGAGGCCAUCUCGCUGGUGAGAGAGGUGACAGGUGUUAAUGUGAACAUGCGAGUGGGCAUCCACAGCGGGCGGGUUCACUGUGGGGUGCUGGGCCUGCGCAAGUGGCAGUUUGACGUCUGGUCCAACGACGUGACGCUCGCCAACCAAAUGGAGGCCGGGGGGAAGGCUGGGCGUAUCCACAUCACCAAAGCCACACUACAGUAUCUGAACGGGGACUAUGAGGUGGAGCCAGGAUUUGGAGGAGAGAGGAAUGCUUACGUGAAGGAGAACAACAUUGAAACCUUCUUGGUGCUGGGCUGCAGCCAGAAGAGGAAAGAGGAAAAAGCCAUGAUGGCUAAGAUGCAGCGAGCACGUGCAAAUUCUGUGGAGGGAUUGAUGCCACGCUGGGUGCCUGACAGAUCCUUCUCCAGAACCAAGGAGUCCAAAGUUUUCAGGCAGAUGGGCAUCGAUGAAGCAUCCAGCAAAGACAACCGCUGCGCUCAGGAGGCGCUGAACCCUGAGGAUGAGGUGGAUGAGUUUCUUGGACGGGCCAUCGACGCACGCAGCAUCGACCAGCUGAGGAAGGAUCACGUCAAGAAGUUCCUACUCACCUUUCAAACCGUCGAACUUGAGAAAAAGUACUCUAAAAAGGUCGAUGAUCGUUUUGGGGGAUAUGUGGCCUGCACACUCCUUGUUUUCUGUUGCAUCUGUUUCAUUCAGAUUAUAAUUUUUCCAAAAACAACACUUAUGCUCGGUCUUUACAUCAGCAUCUUCAUCAUCCUUAUCAACAUCCUCUUCAUCUGUUCCAUAUACUCCUGCAUCAAACUCUUCCCAGCUGUCUUGCAGACUGUAACCAAGAAAAUAGUCCAGUCCCGUGCAAACAGCACACUGGUGGGCGUCUUCACCAUCCUCCUCCUCUUCAUUUCCUCCUUUGCUAACAUGUUUACCUGCAGCAGAGAGAAACUGCAGGAGUGUGUGGCCAACGAGCUGAACACAUCAGUGACUCUCUGCCUGCUGCACAACCUGACCAAGACAGCAGAGGACGGUUUGACUCUGUGUUCCAGCCAGGCCAUGCCCUGCCAUUUUCCAGAGUAUUUCAGCUACAGUGUACUGCUGACCCUGCUGGCCUGCUCUGUGUUCCUCCACAUCAGCAGCAUAGGGAAGCUGGCUCUGAUGCUGCUCAUCCAGCUCACUUUCCUCCUGCUGGUUGAGUGGCCUCAGGUGGCCCUGUUUGACAACGCAGACCUGCUGGUCAUUGCCAACGCCAUGCAAUUAUCACCUAUUAAUGAUUCUCUACAACAGCCUGGUUUCAAUGAAACUGCAGAACAGUGCCUGGAGAGCGUGACCAAGGUAUCCUUAAAGGUCAUGACCCCUGUAAUCCUGACGGUGUUUGUUCUGGCUCUCUACUUGCACGGCCAGCAGGUUGAGUCCACCGCACGCCUUGACUUCCUCUGGAAGCUGCAGGCCACAGAAGAGAAAGAGGAGAUGGAGGAGCUGCAGGCGUACAACCGGCGCCUGCUCCACAACAUCCUGCCUAAGGACGUAGCCGCCCACUUUCUUGCACGGGAGCGUCGGAAUGACGAGUUGUACUACCAGUCAUGUGAGUGCGUCGCUGUCAUGUUUGCCUCCAUCAGCAACUUUUCUGAGUUUUACGUGGAGCUGGAGGCUAACAACGAAGGGGUGGAGUGUCUCAGGCUGCUCAACGAGAUCAUCGCAGAUUUUGACGAGAUCAUCAGUGAGGAGAAGUUCCGUCAGCUGGAGAAAAUCAAGACCAUCGGCUCCACCUACAUGGCAGCCUCUGGCCUCAACGACUCCACCUACGACAAAGAGGGCCGUUCACACAUCCUGGCUCUUGCUGACUACGCCAUGAGGCUGAGGGAGCAGAUGAAAUACAUCAACGAGCACUCCUUCAACAACUUCCAGAUGAAGAUAGGGUUGAACAUGGGGCCAGUGGUAGCAGGGGUGAUUGGAGCCAGGAAACCCCAGUAUGAUAUCUGGGGGAACACAGUCAAUGUGGCCAGCCGGAUGGACAGCACAGGAGUACCAGACUGCAUCCAGGUGACCACAGACUUAUACCACGUGCUGGUCAACAACGGAUACCAGCUGGACUGUCGAGGUGUUGUCAAGGUGAAGGGAAAGGGGGAGAUGACCACUUACUUCCUCACCAGCGGUCCCCAGGGCAGUUAACGACAGGCAGGCCGACCACAGCUUGACUCCCACUGCACUGACAAGACAGAGACUGCAGAGAGACAGAGUGGUCAGCUCGGCGAUGAGCACCGAAGCACAGUGCGAACACACUGGGGACAGAAGACAGCCAACAGAGACAAGCUCGGCCUGUCUUGUAUGUUGUCACGUACUCAGAUGCAAACAUGUAGGGCGUUCAUGUUUGAAGGCUUUUUCCCAAGCUGCUCGAGUGAUCACAAAGCCCAUUUGCCUUAGGACGAAAGUGGCUACGCUUGUGUUUAUGAGCAAUAGUACAAGUAUUUCAUCUGGAGUCGUUAUUUAUUUUCGUGCGGAUGGAUUUCUGUGAUGACCUUGUACAAAAAAGAAUAAAGUAUACUGUUAACUAAACUAUGUUACUUAAAAGAAAAUAUGCAAGGACAACAUGAAGGAUGAAAAUGACCAAAGAACAAAUGUUUGAUAUGAAACACACACUAAUGAUUCUGUUCAAAAGUACAGUAAGCUCAAGUAAUUUAUUAAUCUUUUGUCAGCAAAGGCCACGGUAACGUCACUGUCGUUGAUAGGGACGAACACUUUUUUUGUUGUCGACUUAUUCAUGAAGGAGAACAGACACACACACACACACACACACACACACACACACACACACACACGUACGCAGAUAGACAACACUCACAAUAACCUUGGCUCGGACGUCUGUGUUUCUUAUCAGGGUUUUCUUUGUUUCUUCUAGCCUGUGAUUAGCCACAGUCUGGAUACAAGGCUGUUUGUGGUUCACUGAAAUGUACGAUUGAUUACUCGUUCCUCCCUGCAAUGUAUUUUUGGUUCAAGACAAAACAAGAAGUAUGAAAUGAAGGAAGAACAGUUGCAUUAGUAUCCCAGUACUGAAGAGAGAUUCUGAAACUGUUAUGUAACGUUUGUGUGUGUGUGUGUGUGUGUGUGUGUGUGUGUGUGUGUGUGUGUGUGUGUGUGUGUGUGUGUGUGUGUGUGUGUGUGUGUGUGUGUGUGUGUGUGUGUGUGUAUGGGUAUGAGCACACAUAGCUGAAUGCUGAUCUUUAUCUAUAAAAGGGGCAUACUGUAUCUUUUCACUGUGAGGUUUUUAUGAUGUUGUAUGACAAUGCUUUCUUGCCAAACUGGUUGCUGCAAGGCAUGUUUUUUUUUUUUUUUUUUAGUAUUCCUCGGAGUUGUGUGUCCAUUCCUGAUUUCUCGUGUCAAAUUGAUCAUUUGAAGAGAAUUACUGUAUGUCUACUGCGCCUUUUACUGGACUGUGAUUUUGAUUGAUUUCAUUACAACCUAAAUAAGCAAAAGCCUACGAGAUGUAUAUUUUAGGUUGCGUUACAAUGUGUGAACGUAAACUGGUUUCCUGACGGCUUCAGGAUUAACUGUAUGCAGGAAUUCUUCUUCUGCUCACAAGUAUUGCCUUGAGAUUAUGCAGUUCCAAGGUCCACAUACUUCAUGGACCAAUAUUCACAACUUUACACAACAGUAUUUGACCCUAUCUGGUUGUAUUUCGCACAUAGAGGCUUGUAACCCGCAAAAUAAGUCGUUCAAAACAAUUAUCAUAUGAAUGUAUGUAAUAAUGACUAUUUUUGUCCACAAUGAAACUACUGCUAAAGAAAACCACUCUUUACAGAGCCUUUGGCACUAAGGAAGGAGUUUAAUCAUUAUACUAGAGGUCAAAUUGAUUGGACAUCACAUUUGCUGAAAAGUCAAGGUGUAUUUUACUUUUAGAUGAGCUUUACACCUGGUGUUGAUAUGCUCACUUUUCUGUCUCAGCCAAAAAAUAAAUGCUGCCUUCAAAGGCUACAAAAAAGAUCCUCACUUUUGCUUAUCCCUCUCUGUCCUUAAAAUGGUAGGUCAACUAAAAACGGUUGCAUUUUCCUUUAAGAAGUGGCAGAGUUAGAAAUAGUGCAAUGAUUGAUUUGUUUCAUUUCUCCUUGGAUAAGAAAUUAAUAAAUGGCUGUUUUUGCAUUGAU